AUGGCAUUGUCUAAUAGGUUUAAAAUUCUCAAUAAAGAGUUGGAAAAAUGGAGAGAUGCCUUGUCAAAAGCGAUGCACAACUAUAGAAGCGGGAAAAAUCGUACUAGCGAGAUUAUUCAAGCACAAAUGUGGUUCAGUGCAACCGGGGGUGGCAAAAAAAGUUUCAACCAUCAUGAAUGUUGGGAGGUGGUGAAUAUUGCAAACGCUUCAUAA